AACGCACGCACGGCCGGAGCUGUUUCUCUCUCUCUCUCUCUCUCUCUCUCUCUCUCUCUCUCUCUCUCUACAACUACAACAGCAGACGACACCCGCCGGAGCAGAGUCGCAGCAUGGUCCCGACGCCACCGCCGUCCACGGCGGAGCUUGACCUGGACAACCUCCGGGCCCUCAAGGUCCUGGGCAAGGGCGCAAUGGGCACCGUCCUCCUCGUCCACGACGCCGCCUCCGACCCCUCCGCUUCCUCCCCCUUCGCCCUCAAGCUCGUCGACAAGUCCUCCGCCCACGACGCCGGCCGCCGCGCCCGGUGGGAGAUCUCCGUCCUCGGCCUCCUCACCCGGCCCUCCCCCCACCCCUUCCUUCCCCACCUCCUCGCCUCCUUCGAGACCGACGAGCUCCUCGCCUGGGCCGUCCCCUACUGCCCCGGCGGCGACCUCAACGUCCUCCGCCACCACCAGAAUGACCGCGUGUUCUCCCCCGCCGUCAUCCGCUUCUACGCCGCCGAGAUCAUCUGCGCCCUCGACCACCUCCACCGCCGCGGCAUCGCCUACCGCGACCUCAAGCCCGAGAACGUGCUGAUCCAGCAGUCCGGCCACGUGACCCUCACGGACUUCGACCUCUCCAAGCAGCUCAAGCCCAGGAAGGCCAAGUCCAUCCACAUCCUCGAACACCGCGAAAGGGAAGCGGAGCGUCCCCAGAACAAGCAGAAGAGGAACAACCUCGCGCGCUUCGUCGGGGCGUUCAGCGAGGCGAAGGCGCAGAGCCUGAAGAAGGCGAAGUCGGCGCGGGUCAGCCCGGUGAGCCGGCGGAACAAGCCGGGCGGCAGCUUCUCCGACGACGGCGAGCGGUCCAACUCCUUCGUGGGGACGGAGGAGUACGUGGCGCCGGAGGUCGUCCGGGGGGAGGGCCACGACUUCGCCGUCGACUGGUGGGCCCUCGGCGUCCUCGCCUACGAGAUGCUCUACGGGGCUACCCCGUUCCGCGGCAAGAACCGGAAGGAGACGUUCCGGAACGUGCUGGCGAAGCGCCCGGAGUUCGUCGGUAAGCGGACGGCCCUGAUGGACCUGAUCGAGCGGCUGCUGGCGAAGGACCCGGCGAGGAGGCUCGGCUACCUCCGGGGCGCCGCCGAGAUCAAGGAGCACGAGUUCUUCCGAGGGGUCCGGUGGGACCUGCUGACGGAGGUCGUGCGGCCCCCCUUCAUCCCCUCCAGGGACGACGACGCCGCCGCCGAGAGGCUGGCGGCGCGUGCGGUCGACGUGCGGGAGUACUUCCGGAGAUCCCGGCAGCCGCCGUCGAUCCCGCCGUCGCCGCUGCCGUCGCCGCCGCGGUCCCGGAGCCUGUCGCUAGCGGAGUUCUGACCCGCCCCCCCCCCCCCCCACCCCCCACCACACGUGUGUAGAACUAAUUUUUUCUUUUUUAACUAUUUUCUUCCCCACCUUUUUUUUUUUAAAAUUUGCACCCACCCCUGCCUAAUUAGCUCGCUGUACAUAGAGAGAGAGAGAGUUUAAUAAUAAUUGUAGAACGUGAUUAAAGUUAUAAAGUUAAGCUUGGGGGUAAUUAUACAAUCCAUCCCCCCACCGCCAAA